CAGGAUGCGUUUCUCCACGCCAUAUCCAAGGAUUUCGUCCUGACUGUGCCAAACAUCGAUUUCAUGUGCCAGGCCUGCCAGGACUGCACCAGCAACGUCAUAUCAAAGCUGUUCGCAUGCUUGCCCACGGCCGAGGCCAACCGGUUCUUCUGCCACAUGAUGCUCGCCACCCUCACGGACAUCCUGCGGACGGAACAGCAGAUGUCUAACAUUCUAGAUUUCAACGCCGCGAACCCUAGUGGGAAGUACAAGCUCGAUCUGGACAAUUGCUCGGCGCACGCAGUCGCCGAGCGGCUUCGCCUGCUGGACAGGUGGGAGAGGAUCGUCGACGGCAGACGCGGGCGCAUCGACGUGUCGCAGCGCCACAACCGCUCGCAUUUCCGCAACGAAAGCUUCCAGGGCCGCUCCCUGUGGCCGCGUUUCCCCUCGGUCGCCGACUGGCCCCUGCCAGAGACCUCCAGGCUGGAGGUGGACUACGUGACGACGCAGCGGCCAGGGCCAGACGCGGAGUGCAUAGACGAGGAGUUGUGGGCGCAGUUGAUGGCGUGCCUCAUGGAAUCGCCCUGCGACCCAGAGAACAAGCUGAAGGUGCUUCGCUCUAUAUCCCACUAUGUUUGGCUGACCUGCUUUCAUGUGCGCCAGCUCAUCGGAUGCUUCAGAAAUCCAGACCACCGAGUUGACGUGAUCGUCAUGUUUUUCUCACGGGUCAUAGACAUGUGGAACGAGAAGGUGUUCCGUGUGCGAUUGACCCCCGACGAGAUCAGACACGUGAAUGAGCGUUUGGGAUACGCCACCAUGUUCCCAUAUCUGCAGCCAGAGAACUGCAGGCUUGCAUUGGAUAUGUCGUAUCCCGACCAGCGACUCGUGUGCAAUUUCUUGGUGCGGCUGGAAGAGAAGGAGAAGCCCGGAAACAUUCAGGAGUACGAGAUGCAUUACGUAAACGGGGAGGUUGACCGUUUCGAGAUGGGAAUUCCACGCAGCUGGGUUGAGUUGGAUAGUUUGCCCAUUGAGGGGGUAUUCCACUGUUAUUACAAUUGCGCUCCAGAAGAUAGGCGCUUCGAGUUUCGCCGGAAAAAUGCCGAGACCGCUUCAUUCUGCACAAUGAGUAUUGUUGAGAACAGUGUAUCUUGGUGGGCGAGCCUCAACGAGGCACCUGUCGACGUCCUUUAUUUGUUAUCGUGGCUUGUGGGGAAGUACACGAACAUGAAUAAGGUAUUUAGAGCUCUGACUGGCAGCACGGACCCUAACAAGACAUUCAAUUUGCGGCAGCUCGAGGAUUUCCUUACGCAGACCGGUUGUACGAAGUUCCACGGGCCCGAUCAGCAUUCUCGCAUAGCAGCUAUUUUCAGAUAUUUGGAUCCUGGCCGCGAGGGCUCUGUGUCAAAACACGAAUUUAAAGCAAUGGAAAAGCUUUGGCAGGAGAUGGACCUCUGCAUCCGCGAGUUCAUGUUCUUUGUGUGUCACGUAUUUGGCGAUGACAUGGAGGAGCUGUGGGCCGCUCUCGACGAAGAUUCCAGCGGCGUUCUGACAUUGCAGGAGUGGCUGAGGGCCUGUGAGCACGUAGGUUACUAUGGUCCUGCCGAUAUUGUAUUCAAGUUCAUCGACAGCGACGACGAUGGAGCUAUACAAUUCCAGGAGCUCGGGGUCCUCGAGGCGAUCAUGACUAACGUCGGGAAAAAGAAGUCCAGGGCAUCUUUCGGUGCCACCCCAGCUUCCCAGGACAUGACCCGCCCGCUAUCUCCACCAAAGGAGAGCCCGAGGCCAUGACCAGCCCACUUCCAGCGCGGGUAAGUGGCGCCUGAGCAGAGGAAGUCUCCCAGAAGGAGGGCCAGCAGCUCUUGAGCGCAUGAUCAUCUUGAGCGGCCAGAGGGGAAGUACAAGUUGUGCUGUCCAAGAGGACGGCUUGAUAUUCGAAUUCGGGUGUGGUGUUGCGUUGCUGUUCUGUUACUUCCACCCUUUCCAGUCCCUGGAAGCUCUUUGGCACUGCCUUGGUUCUCCCCUCGCUCCUGCUCCUCCCCCCCCUCCUCCUCCCUUGAUCUUCCAAAGCUGUGCCCGCCCCCCGCGUGCCCCCUGCGAACGCAGGCUGCGCGGGCAUAUCGGGGGGGCUCCUUCCUCGGACUUCCUG